ACUUAAUAUUUCUUUUACGCAAAAUCUAAAGAAUCUCAUUUCAAAAAUGAAAUAUUGCAUUAUCUUUUUGUUAUUUGUUGGAAUUGCAUCCGCACGUCUCCACGGCUAUGUAAAAAGAACAGUAGAACAACUUAAAGAAGCACGUGCUGAUUGCAUUGAAAAAUUCCCAGUUCCUGCUGAAACUCGUGAACUCUUCAAAAAAUUCGAAUAUCCAGAGGAAGAAAUUGUAGAGAAUUAUGUUCAUUGUGUUGCCGUAGAAUUGCAAUAUUUUGUUGAUACUGAAGGUUACAUUGACGAACAUUUGGAAAAACAAUUUGGAAAUGACAAAAUUGACAUAAUAAAUAAAUGUAUCACAUUCAAGAAAGAUCAUCCCGACUGGACACUUGGACAUUGGGCUUUAAGUGAUUGGAAAUGUUUAGUCAAGGAAGGUUUAAUCACCGAAGAAUACAAAACCGCUAUUCUCGAACACUAA